UGCAGGGCGCCGGAGGCGAGGUCCGCACUCCUCGUCCCCGCGGCUGGCGCAGGACCUCACUCCAGCAGAGCGCCCACGGGGAGCGGGUCGCGGGGCGGCGGCGAGGCGGAGGCCACAGGGCUCGGAGGAGGACAGGGCGCGCGCGAGCAGCCAGCGAGAGGGGUCCGGCCACGGGUGACCCUCCCGCCGUGGGCGAGCGCGCCGGCCGCCCCCCUUCCAGGACAGCCACCGCCGCGGGAGACCUCGGGCCGGCUGCCUAUGACUCCCUGAAGCCGCUGCGACCCCCGCUGUGUCCCCGGUCCCCGUGCAUCGCGUGCGCCCCCCGCGCGCGCCCCGGCCCGCGCAGUCCGCCAGCAUGGACGUGCACACCCGCUGGAAAGCGCGCAGCCCGCUGCCCCCCGGCGCCCGCCCGCUGCCCCCGCCGCUGCUCCUGCCGCUGCUGCUGCUGCUGCUGUGGGCGCCGCCUCCGAGCCGCGCAGCUCAGCCAGUAGACCUCCUGAAGGUUCUAGAUUUUCACAACUUGCCCGAUGGGGUGACGAAGACCACAGGUUUUUGUGCAUCGAGACGCUCUUCCAAAGGCCCAGAUGUUGCCUACCGAGUCACAGAAGAUGCACAGCUCAGCACGCCCACCAAGCAGCUGCUCCCUGAGUCCGUGUUUCCUGAGGACUUCUCCAUCCUGACCACCUUGAAAGCCAAGAAAGGCAGCCAGGCCUUCCUGGUCUCUAUCUACAAUGAGCAGGGCAUCCAGCAAGUUGGCCUGGAGCUGGGCCGCUCACCUGUCUUCCUCUAUGAGGACCACACCGGGAAGCCAGGGCCUGAAGAAUACCCACUCUUCCCAGGCAUCAACCUGUCAGAUGGCAAGUGGCACCGAAUUGCUCUCAGUGUCCACAAGAAAAAUGUCACCUUAAUCCUCGACUGUAAAAAGAAGAUCACGAAAUUCCUCAACCGCAGUGACCACCCCAUAAUCGACACAAACGGCAUCUUUGUGUUUGGCACCCAGAUCCUGGAUGAUGAAAUGUUUGAGGGGGACAUCCAGCAGCUGCUCUUCGUCUCGGACCACCGGGCUGCCUAUGAUUACUGUGAGCACUACAGCCCUGACUGUGACACUGCGGUCCCUGACACACCUCAGUCUCAGGAUCCCAACCCAGAUGAAUAUUAUCCGGAAGGAGAGGGAGAGGGUGAGACCUAUUACUACGAGUACCCCUAUUACGAAGACCCCGAAGACCCUGGGAAGGAGCCUGCCCCCACACAGAAGCCAGUGGAAGUCACCAGAGAAACCACAGAGAUUCCUGAGGAACAGACCCAGCCUCCAUCAGAAACCCCUACGGUACCAGACACCAGUGACAGGGUGGGCAAGGAGGAUAACCCCGGCAUCGGGGACUAUGACUACGUGCCCAUUGACGACUACUACACACCCUCCCCGUAUGAUGAUUUUGGCUAUGGCGAGGGCGUGGAGAACCCCGACCAGCCCACCGACCCCGAUGCAGGGGCCGAGGUUCCCACCAGCACUGCGGUCACUUCCAAUGCCUCCAAUCCAGCUUCGUCUCCAGGGGAAGGGAAUGAUGACCUGGAAGGUGAGUUUACUGAGGAAACCAUCAAGAACCUGGACGAGAAUUACUAUGAUCCUUACUUCGACCCUGACUCUGACUCCAACGUCUCCCCAUCGGAGAUUGGGCCAGGCAUGCCAGCCAACCAGGACACCAUCUACGAGGGGAUUGGAGGUCCGCGGGGCGAGAAAGGUCAAAAGGGAGAACCGGCGAUCAUCGAGCCGGGCAUGCUGAUAGAGGGGCCACCUGGUCCAGAAGGCCCUGCUGGCCUUCCAGGACCUCCAGGGACUACAGGACCCACUGGGCAAGUGGGUGACCCCGGAGAAAGGGGUCCCCCAGGACGUCCAGGUCUUCCUGGAGCUGAUGGCCUGCCUGGCCCCCCAGGGACCAUGCUCAUGCUUCCGUUCCGGUUUGGAGGUGGUGGCGAUGCAGGUUCCAAGGGCCCCAUGGUCUCUGCCCAGGAAUCCCAGGCCCAGGCCAUCCUCCAGCAGGCCAGGUUGGCGCUGAGGGGACCAGCUGGCCCGAUGGGUCUCACUGGGAGACCUGGCCCCAUGGGCCCUCCUGGAAGUGGAGGCUUGAAGGGUGAGCCGGGCGACAUGGGGCCUCAGGGUCCCCGAGGCGUGCAAGGCCCACCUGGCCCAACGGGGAAACCUGGAAGACGGGGCCGUGCUGGGAGUGACGGAGCUAGAGGCAUGCCUGGACAAACAGGCCCCAAGGGUGACCGAGGUUUUGAUGGCCUGGCUGGGUUGCCAGGAGAGAAGGGCCACAGGGGUGACCCUGGUCCUUCUGGCCCUCCAGGACCCCCAGGAGAUGAUGGAGAAAGGGGUGACGAUGGAGAAGUCGGGCCCAGGGGACUCCCAGGGGAGCCCGGUCCACGUGGUCUGCUAGGGCCAAAGGGGCCUCCUGGGCCUCCGGGACCUCCUGGUGUAACGGGUAUGGAUGGCCAGCCCGGACCAAAAGGAAAUGUGGGUCCCCAGGGAGAGCCUGGGCCCCCAGGACAGCAGGGUAACCCUGGUGCCCAGGGUCUUCCAGGCCCCCAGGGUGCCAUCGGUCCUCCAGGAGAAAAGGGUCCUUUGGGGAAACCAGGCCUCCCAGGAAUGCCUGGUGCUGAUGGACCCCCGGGGCACCCUGGCAAAGAAGGUCCUCCAGGAGAGAAAGGAGGCCAGGGUCCUCCUGGCCCCCAGGGUCCCAUUGGCUACCCAGGCCCACGAGGAGUCAAGGGGGCAGAUGGCAUCCGAGGUCUGAAGGGUACCAAGGGGGAGAAGGGUGAAGACGGCUUCCCUGGGUUUAAAGGCGACAUGGGAGUCAAGGGUGACCGGGGGGAGAUAGGCCCACCUGGUCCCCGAGGAGAGGAUGGUCCUGAAGGCCCAAAGGGCCGAGGUGGUCCCAACGGCGAUCCUGGACCCCUGGGGCCCACCGGGGAGAAGGGAAAACUCGGAGUGCCAGGAUUACCAGGGUACCCAGGAAGACAAGGGCCAAAGGGCUCUAUCGGAUUCCCUGGCUUCCCCGGUGCCAACGGAGAGAAGGGCGGCAGAGGAACACCUGGGAAACCUGGACCGCGGGGACAGCGAGGUCCAACGGGUCCAAGGGGUGAAAGAGGCCCACGGGGCAUCACAGGGAAGCCUGGCCCUAAGGGCAACUCAGGAGGCGAUGGCCCUGCUGGCCCUCCUGGUGAGCGGGGACCCAAUGGACCCCAAGGACCCACAGGCUUCCCUGGACCCAAGGGCCCCCCGGGUCCUCCAGGCAAGGAUGGGCUUCCUGGACACCCUGGGCAGAGAGGCGAGACCGGUUUCCAAGGCAAGACUGGCCCUCCAGGACCCCCAGGCGUGGUUGGCCCUCAGGGUCCCACAGGAGAAACUGGGCCAAUGGGUGAGCGCGGCCACCCUGGGCCUCCAGGGCCACCUGGUGAACAGGGGCUCCCAGGAGUUGCUGGGAAAGAAGGGACAAAGGGUGAUCCAGGCCCUGCUGGUCUCCCCGGCAAGGACGGCCCUCCAGGACUGCGUGGCUUCCCAGGGGACCGAGGGCUCCCCGGCCCUGUGGGAGCACUUGGCCUGAAAGGCAGCGAAGGGCCCCCUGGCCCCCCAGGCCCCGCGGGCUCUCCAGGGGAGAGAGGACCAGCUGGUGCUGCUGGGCCCAUCGGAAUUCCUGGGAGACCUGGGCCUCAGGGACCUCCAGGGCCAGCUGGAGAGAAAGGAGCUCCUGGUGAGAAAGGCCCCCAAGGCCCAGCUGGCCGAGAUGGCCUCCAGGGUCCUGUGGGGCUCCCCGGUCCGGCUGGCCCCGUAGGCCCUCCUGGAGAAGACGGAGAUAAGGGAGAGAUCGGGGAGCCAGGGCAGAAAGGAAGCAAGGGGGAUAAAGGUGAACAGGGUCCUCCUGGACCUACAGGUCCUCAAGGCCCCAUCGGACAGCCAGGCCCCUCAGGAGCAGACGGAGAGCCAGGCCCUCGUGGCCAGCAGGGCCUGUUUGGGCAGAAAGGAGAUGAAGGUUCUAGAGGUUUCCCAGGACCACCGGGGCCAGUGGGGCUACAGGGUUUGCCAGGACCUCCAGGAGAAAAGGGUGAGACAGGAGACGUGGGCCAGAUGGGCCCCCCUGGUCCCCCAGGCCCCCGAGGACCCUCUGGAGCGCCAGGUGCUGAUGGGCCGCAGGGUCCUCCUGGAGGAAUUGGAAACCCCGGAGCAGUGGGAGAGAAGGGGGAGCCCGGUGAAGCUGGUGAGCCUGGCCUUCCAGGAGAAGGGGGCCCCCUGGGACCCAAAGGAGAAAGAGGGGAGAAGGGUGAGGCUGGCCCCUCGGGUGCUGCUGGACCCCCUGGACCCAAAGGCCCCCCUGGAGAUGACGGCCCCAAAGGCAGCCCUGGCCCUGUGGGCUUUCCUGGAGACCCCGGUCCCCCUGGAGAGCCAGGCCCCGCGGGUCAAGAUGGUCCGCCGGGUGACAAAGGGGAUGACGGUGAACCUGGGCAGACGGGAUCCCCUGGCCCUACUGGUGAACCGGGUCCAUCUGGGCCUCCAGGAAAGAGAGGUCCCCCAGGCCCCGCAGGCCCCGAGGGCAGGCAAGGGGAGAAAGGAGCCAAGGGAGAAGCUGGCUUAGAGGGCCCUCCUGGGAAGACUGGCCCCAUUGGACCCCAAGGGGCCCCUGGGAAGCCCGGGCCUGAUGGACUACGUGGGAUCCCUGGCCCAGUGGGUGAACAAGGCCUUCCAGGUUCCCCAGGUCCCGAUGGUCCACCCGGCCCCAUGGGUCCCCCAGGACUCCCUGGCCUCAAAGGUGACUCUGGUCCCAAAGGUGAAAAGGGUCAUCCAGGCCUGAUUGGACUCAUUGGACCUCCAGGCGAACAGGGUGAAAAGGGAGACCGAGGUCUCCCAGGCCCCCAGGGCUCAUCUGGUCCCAAGGGAGAACAGGGCAUCACUGGUCCUUCCGGCCCGAUUGGGCCUCCGGGACCCCCUGGCUUGCCGGGUCCACCAGGUCCCAAAGGUGCUAAAGGCUCUUCAGGUCCCACCGGCCCGAAGGGUGAGGCAGGCCACCCAGGACUCCCUGGCCCACCUGGCCCCCCAGGCGAAGUCAUCCAGCCCCUGCCAAUCCAGGCAUCCAGGACACGGAGGAACAUUGAUGCCAGCCAGCUCCUGGACGAUGGGGCUGGGGAGAGCUAUACGGACUAUGCAGACGGCAUGGAGGAGAUCUUCGGCUCCCUCAACUCACUGAAGCUGGAGAUCGAGCAGAUGAAGCGGCCCCUGGGCACGCAGCAGAACCCCGCCCGUACAUGCAAGGACCUGCAGCUCUGCCACCCCGAUUUCCCUGAUGGUGAAUAUUGGGUCGAUCCCAACCAAGGGUGCUCCAGGGACUCCUUCAAAGUCUACUGCAAUUUCACAGCCGGAGGGUCCACAUGUGUCUUCCCCGACAAGAAGUCUGAGGGGGCCAGAAUCACUUCUUGGCCCAAAGAAAACCCAGGUUCCUGGUUCAGUGAAUUCAAGCGUGGGAAACUGCUUUCCUAUGUGGAUGCUGAGGGCAGCCCCGUGGGCGUGGUACAGAUGGCCUUCCUGCGGCUGCUGAGCGCGUCUGCCCACCAGAAUAUCACCUACAACUGCUAUCAGUCAGUGGCCUGGCAGGACGCCUCCACGGGCAGCUACGACAAGGCCAUCCGCUUCCUGGGCUCCAACGAUGAGGAGAUGUCCUACGACAACAACCCCUACAUCCGUGCCCUGGUGGAUGGCUGUGCUACCAAGAAAGGCUACCAGAAGACGGUGCUGGAGAUCGACACCCCCAAAGUGGAACAAGUGCCCAUCGUUGACAUCAUGUUCAACGACUUUGGUGAAGCAUCACAGAAAUUUGGAUUUGAAGUGGGGCCGGCUUGCUUCCUGGGCUAGGAGCUGCCGAGCCUUCCGGUCUCCCGAGCAACCUCGUGACCUCAGCACCCCACCCAUGGGUGUCCUGUGCACGGCCCAUCCCGGACAGUGAACAUUUCUCCCCCGCCUGCCCUACUCAUCUGUGCCUCGGUAACCCCGGGGUGCUGGACCCCACGCCCAGAGAGAACAAAGGGAAAGAGCCGUGUCCCCACAGAGCCGAAUCACAUGACCUAGCCACGCCACAGCCUCUUGCCACACCACGUGCCCUGGCCCCCAGCCUGCCCGAUUGGUUCAUCCGUGGCAUUCGUGAACCAUUGGCUGGGAGUUGGGGGUAGGGCAGUAUUUGGAAAUCACUUUAAAAAAAAUUCAACUUGAAGAUGUGUAUUCCCCCUGACCUUCAAAAGAUGUUCAAAGGCAGUCUGGUAAAGGUCACCAAAGUCUCUUUUUUUCAAAAAAAAAAAACAACCCUCAACACAUCCACUCAGAGGCCAAAUGUCAUCUGCAUGUGCCUUUCCGAUGGAUUAAAGGUGCUUAUGUUUUUGUGAGAGUUUUUAAGUAAAUAUUUGUAUUGUAUUGUUAUAAAUGUUAAGUGUGCCUGAUUUUCAAUCGUGCGUGGAAACCCAGCCUCAGGCCCCCAGAGAGAAUGAGCAUCUGGGGAGAGGCACCCGCUCGGGAGCUUAAUUCAGCUCUUUACCCCCCCCCAACCCCAUCAACAACGUGCAAUAAAUUGGGAACUUGCCCAGGUCAGCAAGAAGUCGCAAUGGAUCUGCAGGUGCCCGGGCCCCUUUCCAGACGUUUCUAUUUCUUUUUUCCUUUUGAUUAGCUCUGGAUAUUUUUUUAUGGGGAGGGAAAAAAAUUGAUACUCUGACUUUUCCAUAUGAGCUCACAUUAAAACACAGGCUUAAAUUAAUUUUGAUUGCUUCCUUUCCCCAUGAGUGUGGUGGGGGAGUGUCCAGGGCUGUAAAACCACGUGUUCUGUAAAUGAAAACUGACUAUGAACAUUGGUGCUGAUUUUGUUUUACACUUGUCUCUUGUGGUGCUACGUGUCUUAAGAUCUACUACAGGCAGCACUGGGGUGGGGGCCUGCCUCACCUCUUUCCCCCACUUCCGUUUAUCCUGGUCAUUUCUCCAUGUUCUGAGGUUGAUCCAAGGACCUGAAGAACAGCUUGGUGCCCGAGACCUCUCUUCCCAGCAGGCACUCUUUACUCUUGAUGGGGGUGUGGGGGAUGUUCCUGAGGUCCAUCCCCAAGUCCUGUGUUAUGCUUACAUCAUAUGAAAACACAUGCACAAAACAAAGACUCUUCCUGCAUGGUACAUGGUGUAUCCGCAGCAGAUUGUGUGCGGUUGCCGAAUGUUUGUGGUGCUAAUUUUUGUGUGUGUUCCAAGGAUGGAAUGGGAGCUCCUGGGUGCCCACGCCGAUAGCCAGGCCACCUUGCACGCAGCCGGGUGGCCUAAGAAAUGUGCAGUGGACCCAGUCUCCGGGGCUGCUACACCGCUUCUCCCCCUACGAGAGCAGUUUGGGCUCCCACCCAUAGGUGCCCUGGGUGCUGGGGUCAGCACUCUGAAGCUGGGCUUGGUUCCCUCUGCAUGUUACCCUCUCCCUCACCAUCUGGGGUGAGGAACUGCCUUUUGGGUGCACAGGACCCGAGGACCCCAGGACCAGCAAGGAAAAUUGAUCCUCACUGUGAAAGUCACCCUCCUGUCUUGCCUCUCCUUCCACCGUGGGCAAAGUGUGGAGCCCCUGGGAGCCGGCGGUCAUACUCUGGUGCUCGUUCCCCUCCUCCCUUGCAUGGAGGAAACCACGGCAAAGCACCCAGCAAUGACCAGAAGUGACGAACACCACCAACUCUCGUUCCCAAAGUUCCUCCGAAAACAAGUCUUGCUCUUGCCAAAGAAAAGUCUGGCCUCGGAGAUUUCUCCCAAAGCCAGGAGAAAAGCCAUAUCGGAGGAUGGCCGUGUGAUGCCCUGUGGAUUCUGUGUAGGUCAUGUGAUUCGGUCUCUGCCUCUGGCCCCAUCCAAUUUGUCCUUCUGUCAUGUUCCGUUGGUCCCCUCAACAUUGUAAUUUGUAUGAAAUCCAAAAUGUGUCCUGUUCUCCCCAGACCACUUUAGCUAUGGUAUAUUACAAUAAAAUUAAUUCUUAUAUUUGCA